AGCACCGCUGAUCGCCGCGUCAUAACGCAGGCUUGAUCGCGCUGCCGCGACUUCUUCCCCGGACUCGACACCACGGACCCAACGGUCCCACCAAGUGACCCGUCUGUAGUUGCAGACGGCGUUGCUACCACCGAAAAGGGCCAUCGCCCUGAGCGGUUACCCCGAGCCCCAUUUGGGACUCCGAGGAAGAAGAUUAGGAAAUGUACUUCAUAUUCUAAGUUACCACACAAAACUGCACAAUGACUGUCGAACUCAACGACUUUGUUUACGAAGAAGAAAUGGUUGAGCUAUGUCAAGCAGCGGAAGUUGAAUUUGACUUAGUGAACCUGUGUAUACAAGUAGAAACCGAUCAAGCUGCUUUAUCAAGACAAAGUGGAGGAGGUGUAAAAAGAAAAAUUGCUGUCACAAAAUAUUCUUCGAGUAAGCGUCCAUUUUCUCAAGAGCCUUCAACAUCUGCUGCGGUGGUAACAACGAACCCAAUACAGGAAGAAACAACUACAUCUGUAAGUUCUACAAACAAUAAUACUAUCGAAUGCCUUAACUGCAAAGUAUAUGUUAACAGAAAAUAUUAUACCAAUCAUCUUAAAAGCAAGACUCAUAGCAAAAAUGUUCUAAGUUUAAAUCCCAACUUAAAUAAUGUUCAAUUAAUAGAAACUGCUUUCGGACGGCGGAUAGUAACGUACAGAAUCCCCAAUUCCACUAACACUAAUUCUAUAUUCGAAACUCCUGAGCACUUUCUUAACAUAAUUAAAAAUACUUUACCCCGAGACAAUAUAGCGUCAAUUGGUUGGUUAUCCGACCAUCCUAAGGAAGCUACUGCUGAUCUGCAGCUCCCUGGGGGUGCAUUAAUGCCACUUUGCUUAAGAACCGUACGAACCCAGUUGCCUAUUACUGUGCGUGAUGCAGCUUUAGUUUUAUUGCAGACAGCUGAGGAAAUUUAG